UAGUUUAGUUUGUUAGAGAGAGAGAGUGACGACAUUCCUUUGUCUACUACGAUCUUGACGUUUUAAGUGUCAACAUAGAAAAAAUUAUUUCCAGUGUUUUUUCUCGAUUUCGCCUUAUAUUCUGGGGAUUUCGGGUUGAAAAAGCCCCCCUUUUGUUUUCCUGGUGCGGGAUCUCUUGUUCUCUGGGCGAAAAUUGUGUGUAGCUAUUAAAUAAUAGUGUGUACGGACGGGUGCGAGAAGUUCUGAUUUAACGAAAGAAAGGCACAAACAAUGGCGGACGCGAGAAUUGAGACAAAUGCUCCAGGACCGUCCCCAUCUGCGACUCCCAUAAAUCCCCUACUUCCGUCGCUCGCGGAAAUUCAAGCGGUCGAAUCCCCAGGGGUUCCGCCGCAGCCCGAAAGUGGCGGAUCACCCCAGACUACGUCCAAUGUUGUCGUGGACCCCCUCGGUUUGGAGCCCACGGCAAAGCGCCGUAAAUUCGAAACUAAUUCGCAAAUCAAUGAAAAAUUGGAGCACCGCCUCGGGGGCAUCCUCUGCUGUGCGGUAUGUCUGGAUUUGCCAAAAAUCGCUGUUUAUCAGUGUCAAAUGGGUCAUUUGAUGUGUGCAGCCUGUUUCACUCAUCUCCUAGCUGAUGGAAGAUUACGCGAUCAAGCAGCAACAUGCCCCAAUUGCCGCGUGGAAAUCUCCAAGAGCACUGCAAGCAGGAAUCUUGCAGUGGAGAAAGCUGUCUCUGAAUUGCCCAGCGAUUGUCAGUUCUGCGGAAAGGAAUUUCCAUCAAAAUCCUUAGAGCGCCAUGAGCAAUUUGAAUGUGAAGAGAGGCCGGCUAAUUGCAAGUACAUCCGCAUCGGUUGCCAGUGGAAGGGACCCGUUCAUGAGGCUCGUGAGCAUGAGGAAAUGUGCUCACACCCAAAGAAAUCCGGGGCAGAAGUGAUGACCGCUCUUCAAGCACGUGAUGUGGACUUUGAGGAAGAAAAGAAAUUCUAUGCUACCCUCAUUGAUCUACUGAGCUAUGAAAAGAUCAUCUUCAAUGAUCUCCAAAUGAAGCCAUAUCGCACGGAUGAGUAUGUGCAGAAGCUAUUCUACGAGACGGCCAGAUUCACGGCAUUCAAUCAUCAAUGGGUUGUGAAGGCCAGAAUCAACAAUAGCCAGAGAGACCCGCAUCAAUCGUGUGAACGUGAAAUAACAUACCAGUUGAUUCUCAAAACAAAAACUUCAUGUCCUCUCAACAUUCACUUUUUCGCCCUCAAGGGCCCAUUCUCCGAUAUGAAGCUCAAUACAAAGAUCUACAAGCAUGACUUUACCGACACUGAAAAUAUGAGCGAAUACAACCUACUUCCACUUCCGGAUAGCUCAGAAUGCAAUAGAUUGCUGGCAUCAAAGGCUAUCAACUUCCGCCUCAUUAUGUUUCUCCUCUCAAAGUAGAAAAAGGCGAUUGAGGAGACGCAAGAGACUAGUGCGGACCUCACGAUGAGCUUCUUCUUAUAUCCACCAACUCAACGCGAGUUUCUAUCCUAAAUUUUUCUGUCGUGUGUUGCUUUCAAGAGGAUCUGGGAGCGUUUAGGAAAUGGGAAGUGUGGGUGCAAGCAUGCGAAAAAAAACUAUAGAAUAUAAUCCUUUAAUUACACACCUCAAUUUCCACGCAGAAUUUACUUCAAUCAAUAUUGUAAUCUUUACUUUGAAAAACAAACAAUGAGUAAAUUUGAAUACCCGCAAAUCAUUCUCAAACAUUUAUUUAUAAUAUAAAUUGAUAUUAUAUUAAUAUAUUUUAUAGAGGAUAUAUUUUAUUGUUAAACCCCAUUGAGAAAUAUUUUAUUGUGUCUCCAAAAAUAAUUUAUUCGAUAUCAAGAUUACGUUGAUAUCAAAAUGAAAUCUUUUUUUGGAAUUUUUUUUCUAUAUUAUAUACAUAUUAUAGAAUUGCCUAUAUCUGAAGAGAAAACCAAAAUUAUUUUUUGCCAUAAAAUGAAAAUAAAUUCAUUUUGCAUGUUUUUUUAAAUAAUAUAAUAAUAAUAAGAAAAUAUUAUAUUGAAAUUAGUUUUUACAGCGACAUGUAAUAAACUUUGCAAUCAGUAGCAUCUCACACACAUAAUUUAUUAAGGCUUAAAAAAAUCUUUUCAUUGAUCUCACUUUUGAAAAUACCUUUUACAAGUAUAAAAGAAUACCUUAUAAUUAAAAAAAAUGAGAAUACAAAUCAAGAAAAUAAAUAAGAGAAAAUAUGUUGUAACACAAAAUAAUAUUGCUAUUUAAUAUUUGUUAAAAUAAGAUUCUGUAGCAUUAACUGGUUGAUUAUAAUAUUUCACUGUCAUAUACUAUUUCAAUGAAUUAAAAUUUGGUGUUUUACUUUUAAA